AGAAAAAAGAUUAGAAGAAAAUCAAAGGUCACCAAGCAAAAACUCUUAAAGGGUGAUUGUGAGUGUGCACCACAGUGCCUGAGUUGGGGAGCUCGGCAACUGCUGGACGGAGGUCUCAGUCCUGGCUGAGCCAGAGCACCAGGGUCUGGGGCAUGGACGAGGCUGGACAACAACUCCACUAGAGUUUGGCUCCGGUCAACCUGAGGAGAGAUCACAUUUCUGAUCCCCACUAAGGGCUAGUCCUAGGGCCCAGAUUCCAUGGACCCACCAGAGGCCUGCUGUAGCCCCCCCAGCGUGGAGUUCCUUGUGGCUGUAGCGCGGGACCUGCUGCAGGCCACGUUCGAAGACCUGAACCAGGAGCAGCUGAAGCGCUUCCGCCACAAGCUGCGGGAUGCGACCCUGGACGGCCGCAACAUCCCGUGGGGGCGGCUGGAUGGCUUGGACGCCAUGGACCUCGCGGCCCAGCUAACCCACUUCUACGGGCCGGAGCCUGCGCUGGAUGUGACCAGAAAGACCCUGAAGAGGGCGGACAUGCUGGACGUGGCCGCGCGACUCAAGGAGCAGCAGCUGCAGCGGCUCGGCCCCAGCUCCUCCACACUGCGCUCCGUAUCGGAGUACAAGAAGAAGUACCGGGACCACGUCCUGCAGCAGCACGCCAAGGUCAAGGAGAGGAACGCGCGCUCGGUCAAGAUCAACAAGCGCUUCACCAAGCUGCUGAUUGCGCGCGAGGGCGCCGCACUGCCUGACGAGGCCCUGGGGUGCACGAAGGAGCUGGAGCCCGAGCCCCAGCGAGCGCGGCGCUCCGACACCCACACCUUCAACCGCCUGUUCGGCCGAGACGAGGAAGGCCAGCGGCCCCUGACGGUCGUGCUGCAGGGCCCAGCGGGCAUCGGCAAAACCAUGGCAGCCAAGAAGAUCCUGUACGACUGGGCGGCCGGCAAGCUGUACCACGGCCAGGUGGACUUCGCCUUCUUCCUGCCCUGCCGCGAGCUGCUCGAGCGCCCGGGCGCCUGCAGCCUGGCCGACCUGGUCCUGGACCAGUGCCCCCAGCGCAAGGCGCCCCUGAAGCCCAUGCUGGCGCGGCCCGAGCGGCUGCUCUUCAUCCUGGACGGUGCGGACGACCUGCCCCCGCUGGCGCCCCACGCAGCGCCCUGCACCGACCCCUUCCAGGCGGCCGACGCCGCGCGGGUGCUGGGCGGCCUGCUGGGCAAGACACUGCUGCCUGCCGCCCGCCUGCUGGUGACGGCGCGCACCACGGCGCCCGGGAGGCUCCUGGACCGCCUAUGCUCCCCGCAGUGCGCCGAGGUGUGCGGCUUCUCCGACAAGGACAAGAAGAAGUACUUCCAUAAGUUUUUCCGGGACGAGAGGCUGGCGGAGCGUGCCUACCGCUUCGUGAAGGAGAACGAGACGCUCUUUGCACUGUGCUUCGUGCCCUUCGUGUGCUGGAUCGUGUGCACCGUCCUGCGCCAGCAGCUCGAGCUCGGCCAGGACCUGUCGCGCACCUCCAAGACCACCACGUCCGUGUACCUGCUGUUCAUCAUCAGUGUGCUGAGCUCCGCACCUGCCGCCGACGCUCCCCGAAUGCGGGCCGAGCUGCGAAAGCUGUGCCGCCUGGCCCGCGAAGGCACCCUCGGGCACCGGGCGCAGUUCGCAGAGAAGGACCUGGAACGACUGGAACUUCGCGGCUCUAAAGUCCAGACGCUGUUUCUCAGCAAGAAGGAGCUGCCAGGGGUGCUGCAGACGGAUGUCACCUACCAGUUCAUGGACCAGAGCUUCCAGGAGUUCUUCUCGGCGCUGUCCUACCUGCUGGAGGAGGAGCGGGAUCUCCGGGCACUUCUGCAGGGCGAAAGCCACCUCACGCUCACCACACGCUUCCUCUUCGGGCUGCUGAACCCAGAUCGCGUGUCCGACAUGCAGCGCCACUUCGGCGUGGCGGUUCCAGAGCGUGUGAAGCAGGAUGUCCUGCUGUGGAUGCAGGAACAGGGCCAGGGCCGCCGUAGGGCGGCACCUGAGAAGACGGCAGGGACAGAUGCUGCGGAGGACGCCGAGGAGCCCGAAGAGGAGGAGUGCGAGCCCAACUACCCGCUGGAGCUGCUGUACUGCCUGUACGAGACGCAGGAGGACGCCUUCGUGCGCCAGGCCCUGCGUUGCCUGCCGGAGCUGGAGCUGGAGAGGGUGCGCCUCAGCCGCAUGGACCUGGUCAUCCUGAGCUACUGUGUCAGGUGCUGCCCACCCGGGCAGGCCCUGCGACUGGUUAGCUGUGGGCUGGCCCCCGCACAGAAGAAAAAGAAGAGCCUGAUGAAGCGACUGCACAGCAGCCUGGGCGGCAGCUCUUCACAAGCCAGCAAGAGAAAACCCCAGCCUUCUCCACUACGUCCACUCUUCGAGGCCAUGACUGACGAACAUUGUGGUCUGAACAGCCUGACGCUGUGCCGCUGCAAGCUGCCUGACUCUGUGUGCCACGACCUGUCUGAGGCCCUGAGGGAGGCCCCGGCCCUCACAGAGCUGGGCCUUCUCCACAACCAGCUCAGCGAGGCGGGCCUGCGCGUGCUCCUCGAGGGUCUGGCCUGGCCCCAGUGCCGCGUGCAGAAGCUCCGGGUGCAGCAGCCCAGCCUCCAGGAAGCGCCUCAGUACAUCAUCAGCAUCCUCAGGCAGAGCGUGGCGUUGUCCACCCUGGAUCUCGGCGACUGCCAGCUGCCGGGGCCCGUGGUCACCUCCCUGUGUGCGGCCCUGCAGCACCCAGGAUGCCGCCUGCAGACCCUCAGUCUGACCUCCGUGGAGCUGAGCAAGGAGUCACUGAAGGAGCUGCAGGCAGUGAAGACAGCAAAGCCGGGUCUGGUCAUCAUCCACCCAGCCCUGGACAGUCACCCCAAGCCUUCCAAGGGACUCAGCGAUGCCCUCUAAAGCCCUGAAGGUCAGGGGGAGGACUCCAGUCAGCCCUACGGAGUAGAUUUCCUCAUCCCACGGGCAGGAGGGUGUUGCUCUCCGCUCUGGGCAGCUCUUGAGCCCAAGAGGUUGGGGGCAGGCAGACGGGAGGUGUCCCCUCCACUCACAGCCUAAGCACAGGUUUUGCCUCUGUCUCAGAUGCCCAGGAACCCCUCCUCCCCCACCCCCACCGCUGCUCCACCCACCUUCCUGUCUUAGGGCCCUCGAGCCUUCCCCCAACAGAGGCCACCAGCAGUGAUGACCCCAACAGUUCCCAGUUAUCCUGCACCUGCCGUGCAUUGGCCAUUACCUGGUGUGCUCAGUGCAGAGGGACCCCUUCGCUGACCCCAUCCCCAUCUGUAUACAGGCCCACAGCCCCACAGCCCUGCCUCUGGCCACAGGGGACCAAGCAGGGGCUGACCUCUGACCAAAGGUGAGCGUCCCUCCCCAGGAAUUUGGGGGUUGACCAUCCCUGAGGCUGUGUGGUUCUAGUCCAGAGGUGCCCAUUCACUGUCUGGGUCUUCAGGGAUGGACACCAGGGGAGAGGGGAGACGGAGCAGCCCCCAACACUGAUAAUACAUUCUCCUUUGAAUGAAUGAAUGAAUGAAUGAA